AGCAGUCUCGGGGGAAUCAAUGCAAUAUACAAUACUAAUGUGAAAUGUAGAAAAGAUCUGAAGAUCUUGUCUGGGUUCAUAGACGCAGCUGAAUCAUGAACAACUCUUCGAAAUGCUGCACAUACGAUACACCCAUGUUGGACCAGGUUCUACCCCCUGUCAUGUUCACGGAAUUCACGUUGGGCCUUGUGGGAAACGUCCUCGCCCUCUUGCUGUUCUUCUGCCAUAGGGACACCUGGAAGCCCAAUUCUAUUUAUCUAGCCCACCUGGCUUUGGCGGAUGCGCUGGUCCUCUUCUGUCUGCCUUUCAGGGCUGACUACUACCGCAGAGGGAAGGACUGGGUGUACGGAGACGCUUUCUGCCGCAUUCUUCUCUUUCUCUUGGCCGCCAACAGGGCUGCUGGAAUUUUCUUCCUCACUGCCGUCGCCGUGGACCGCUACCUGAAGAUCGUCCAUCCUCUCAAUCGCAUCAAUCGAAUGGGUCUGCGCUAUGCCUCAUGGGUCUCUAUUGGCAUGUGGGUUCUUAUCAUAUCCAUGACCGUCUACCUCUUAGCAGACCCACAUUUCUACUUUCAAGGCAACCGCACUCAGUGUGAGAGUUUCAACGUCUGCUUUGGAAAUAACGUACGGUUCAACUGGCACAAUAUCUUCUAUGUUGUUCAGUUCUUCGUGCCCACCUGUAUUGUUACCUACUGCACAACCUGCAUCACGUGGCAGUUGAAGAGUAAGACGGUGGACACCCAGGGUAAAAUCAAGAGAGCCGUCCAGUUCAUAUUGGCAGUGGCUUUGGUUUUCAUUAUAUGUUUCUUUCCUAGCAACAUCUCGCGUAUCGCCAUGUUUGUUCUGAAGCUCUGGUACAGCGAGUGCGAAGAUUUCCGUGACUCAAAUGAGGCUUUUAAAACGACCGUCUGCUUUACCUACUUCAACAGCGUGCUCAAUCCCAUAGUUUAUUACUUUUCCAGCCCUGCUCACAGUGGAAUAUUAAAAAAAUUCUGUAUGAAACUUCAAGGAAAGAAAACCGAGGAUGAAAAUAACAAUAAUAGUCCUCUUACAGUAUCAUCUCCUGCCUCUUUAAAAAGUUAG